AAUAAAUCUUACCGAUACGUUAUCAGAUAAGGUAGCUGUAAUGUUAUGCACAGUAUUUCCGCUCGUUUUUCUCCGCGGUUCUCCGUAAAAGUAACUAGAAUCGACAGCGAUCUCUUAUAAAGGCGAGGUGAUAAGAUAAGCCUUUUCCCGUCUCUAGUUUAUGGGUCAACCAAAAGAUUGUAAAGUGUAGUAUAUAAUCUCUUGCAUUAAGUUAUCUCAAAUAGCAAAGAAAAAAAAACAUUCUCGCGUAGUUCGUAGAAACCCCAAAAUCUUACGAAAUUUCACCGGACAGAAAGUAACAUGGGUUGCUAAUACAAUCAAUUAUGUUAGAGCGUCGUGCAAAAUUAAUACAAAUGGAUAAAUGAAUGAAGGCAUGAAGUUGAAUGAAUUAAAACACCCCCAACAUUUUUCGUGGAGUAGCAAGUGUUGCGAAAAUGUAGUCGAAGGUCCGUUUCAGUUGUAAUUAUGCUUUCACAAAGUGCCGGUUAUUAUAAUUUUGAUUUGAUAAAAUGGCACCAAAACUUUACUAGAAAUUUGAUUUCAAUUCACGAAAACGAAUUCUUAAAAAACCUUUGUGUCGCCUUGACAUUUUAACGCUUUGUUCAAAUUAUAACCCAUCUCUCGUUUAAAAUCUACCAUAUCCUUGAAAUUAAUUUCAGAUUGGCCGAGUUAUUCUUUUUUUUUUCUCUAAAUUAUUUGAAAAAAUUGCGUGAUAUAUGUCUUCGCAAUACAUAGUACUGAGCACAGAUUAAAAAUAGAGUUGACGUUUUCUCUACUUUUGUUUGCAUUUUGUGGGGUCAAAUGUCAACCACAUGCCAUCCUCAACCGCUUUGUACGUUAAUUGGCAAGCAGAAACCGUAUUAAUAAAUAAACAUAACACGUUUUGCAUGUCUUAGCAAAUGUAACUGCACUCACUGAGUCAGUGGUCCAACGAAUCGAGAGAAGUGUAUCUUAAGUGGGCUAAAAGUGCCGAAUGCUGUGAGGUUCUGUAAAGUGCUCACAAAACCGCUGGUUAAGCAGGCUUAGACAAAUACCACACCAACACCUCGAUCACAUUCUAAAAGAAAGAGAGAAGGAGGGAAAGACUCUGCCGCAACAAGAAUAGGAGCAACAGACAAACAGUAAGUCAAACACCAAAAAGUUGAUUUGCCUAUAGAUAAAAGGCAGUGGUAGUUUAAAACACGAGGAGUGAUGGAAUUGUGGUGAACAAAGAUGUGGAGCAUUGAAUUGUGUAAUGACGAGUUCAUGGUGGGCAGUGACCCUCUGCCGGUUUAAAAAUGAUUUUAUUCGAGUACAUCGACUAACGCCGAUCUAAGCAUGAAUCCGGCCUGUUCCUUAAAAGUGAUCACUAAUUUUAUGCAGUGUUUCCUCUGCAGUUUAGAAACCUACUAAUCCGAUAUCGGCUUGGAACAAGCUAGCAGUAAUUCUGAAUAAUUACUUUUCCAGGCCUUAAUCUGAAACAGGGCCUCUCAAUUUUGCUGGUUAGAUCACGGUCAAGGGUAUUUUUCAAAAAAAAUUGACAAAGGAUGAGAAGGAUGAGAUAAAGUAGUCUUGACAUUAAAUCAAAGACUCGAUCAUACCUGGAACCUCUGAGUGAUUUUGUAACUGUACACCAUUGUUAUCUGGUUGUUACUUUCUAUAUUUUAGUCGUCAAUGUAAAAGUGUCAACACGUUAUCGCCUGUAAUUGUUCACUCAGUCAGCGGUCCAGUUUAUGGAUGUCCAUGAUUAGAUAAGGGGACCUGAGUGAUGCCAAAAAAACGAAAGCUUCCCUUCCGACCAUGCCUUGAUUUAACUUUCAGGUAAUUUGCGGUGUGACUUUAAUAAGUAUACCAUGCAAAGUGAGGAAAGAAUCUUAAACACCACUGCUAUGGCCACAGAACUGCAAGAGAUGUCCAAUUCAUCUUCUGAUCAAAUCCCUGGACGACCUGAACUUAGUUCAAGUUUUGUUAUAUUCGUAACAAUUUAUGCCGUUAUAGUCUUUAUCGUUGCGGUGAUUGGAAACUCCUUGGUGAUAUACAUUGUAAGCGUAAGGGAAUACAUGAGAAACUCCACUAACAUACUGAUAGCCAAUAUGGCAGUCGCAGACAUCUUAAUGGCAUGUUUAUUUCCGUACAUGCUCAGAUGGCUUUAUGUCGGAGACGAAUGGUUUGGUACAUUUAUGGGGAUAGCUCUAUGCAAGUUUUUCCAUUCUGCUCAGGUGCUCUCCAUCUCGUGUUCUGUUAUAAACCUCGUGUUCAUCAGCCUUGAUCGAUGUUUAGUGAUAUGGUUUCCAUUAAGGCGAAUUUUCACUAAUAAAGUCCUGAAGGCGUGUUUGAUAGGAAGCUGGGUUUUUUCUACAGCAUUUGCUAUACCCCUGAUUAUAAUGACCACGGCAAAGAAAGAUCCAAAUGGAAUAUAUCGCUGUAACGAAUAUAACUGGCCUACCUCGCAAGACAGAAACAACUACGCUACUUCGUUCACAGUUUUGUCUUACCUUACUCCUCUUCUGAUUAUUACCAUUGCCUACAUACUCAUUGGUGUAAAACUUCACAAUCGAGAAUUACCUGGUGUUCAAACAUUAGAAUAUCAAAAGAAAGCCCAUGAAACGACAAAAAAAGCCAUAACGAUGCUUGUGACGGUGGUGGUCGUAUUUGCACUCUGUUGGCUCCCGCUCCAAGCGCGGGAAUUUAUGCUGCAUCACUUUCCACAGACAUUCUCCCUCUUUCCAAUUGAGGUGGACGUAUUACUACCAUGGAUUGGUGUCUUAAACAGUGCAAUAAAUCCCUGCUUGUAUGUUAUAUUUUCUGAGAAUUUUCGUCGUGAGUUUGGCCGUGUUCUUUGCUGUAUGGGAAACACCCGCUCUGAUGCUUAUUUGGGAAUCCCCGCAACACGUGCAACGCCUAUGACCACGCCUAUAAUGUCUCGGCGCAUGACGACCACCCCUAUUAUGGGACGGCGCACUCUGUCAGCUGCUCACAUACACGAGACGCUUCCUCUGCGACAUUUAGCAACCGAUCAGAAAUGAACUGAAUUUGAACAAACAAAAAAUUAUUCUUAACUCUGAUCCCGGUACAUGCAACGAGUGUAUAUUCUCUUCCCUCGCUUUAGAUUAAUGAGAAUUCAAGUCGUGCGGGGUUUUACCAAAACGUUUUAUCGGAAAACUUUGAAAAUACUAAAUAAGAGUAGUUUCAUUUUAAAACAGGUUGAAACUACCUAUACGUUUGGUAAAUUUUCUUUUCUGCCAGUACGCAUAAAACUUUGGACCAUAAUCAAUAUUUGUGCACACAGCUUAAAAGUUCCAUUUUAAGAGGUAAAACCGGCAUUCUGCUCAGUUGUAUGUUCUAGUUCGUGUCAGAGUCUCAGUCAGUGGAGACCAUAGAAAAAGCCGCGAGCAAGCGGAGAGUGGCACAGGUCGUCCUACAAAAGGUUUUUUAGUUCCUAACUCGCCCUAUCUUUCUUUCAUCCUCUUAAUCGUGGGCCUGGCACGAGCAGAAAAGAGUUACGAAAGUCGGUACAACAAGUAAACUUCCAAAAUUUUAUUAUAAUUAGAUGAAAUACUUUUAAAAUAUUGUUCAACGAUUGUUGUUGUUGUUGUUUAAAUCAAUCUUGGAGAUUUUACCACCUUUGUUUCCGGACUUGUAGGAAAUUGCAAACAGAUAAAAAUUGCAGUUUUCGCAGCGGGUUUUAGCUGUAAACAAAGCUAAAUAUUUCUAUCCGUUAAAACAAGAAUGAAUUAAAUCUCAAAAUCAAUUAAAGAACGUUAUUUUUUGUGAUAAUUGGGCAUUAAAUUAAUGAAAUCAGAGUUAUUUUUAGUUUUACUUAAUUAUAUAAAUUCCGGUGCAUGAAAUAAAGUCUAUUUAUGGUGACAGGUUA